AUGCUGACUAGUCUGGCGCUAAAUGACUGCGCCACAUUUAUCGGCCGAAGGCUGAAUCUGCCUCCCUUCCCUUCCGAUCAACCCCGCAAAUAAAAUAAACAAAUAGAGAGAAACAUGAGAACAAAAACCGUUUCUCUCGAAUAAUGCCGUGAGCAGUCAAAACUUUGUUCUUACUACAGCCUUUGUUUGCGAAGACGGACCGCCAUGACCACAGCCAAAAAGCGAAGAAUCCCCCCCGGGAGGGAACCGGCGCCUAAAAGAGCCAAGAAUAGCACAUCAGACGAGGCACACCUACAGGGUGCUAUUGACGCCAUAGCCUACAUCGAUCUUACCAAUGAAACUAAGAGCAUUAAUCCCCAGCCUCCAGACUGGGGGACAUCCUUUAGAGUCAAUCCUGGGAUCCGCUCAGAGAACCAGCGCCCCAUGACGGCCGCACAGCAAGCAGCUGCUCUCCCAGGGGGCGGGUAUGACACAUGUUUUGGAUUGGUAUUGCAGCCUCAUAAUCACACAUUUCUACUUUCAAUAGAGCUAAUAUGCUUGCCUAGCUCUGCAUGCAAGCUACCUCCUCUCGCGGGGAGAGAGUACCUCUCGAGUGUACCCCUGCUGCGCUGAGAUUCGAGGGAAAGGUGGUGCGUAUUGUCUUGGACUCCACAAAUGAUGGUGUUGCGGUCCUUGUAUCUGAGACGCUCUCACAUUUGGUCAAGGAGUCUGCGGUAACCUUGACUGCCACCGUGUGCGGUAAAAAUCAGAAGUUUGACGCCCCCAAUGGAUCCGCCGGGUUUGGAAUGAGCUACCAAGCUGGAACAAGACUUCUUUCACUCCGGAUCAUUGUGUAUGGAUUUAUGCAACAAAAGGAUGCUAUUGCAGACACCCUGGCUGAGGGUAAUUUGUUCCUGCAACACCCCGGAGAAUCAGAAUUCGACCGAAGUGUAAAGUAUGUUAACCCUCAGUACCUCUUGGGACCUGGGCAAGAAUUGCCGCCUGUAGAGGAACUUUCGGUUUGCACCUGUUGUGCGCCUCAUGGGCCGCAAUCAGCACAGGCCCGCGGCCCACUUAGCGAAAGCGAGGUCAACCAGGUCCAGAAAAUUUUCGAUACAGCGGCAACGUCUAAUGGGGCGAUAGCAGUCCCUAAACCAAGCUCGAGGCUAGUGACGGAACUAAAGAGGCAUCAAGUAGAGGCGUUAGCCAUGAUGAUUGAGAAAGAGGAAGGCACCCAUGAGCAAGCGCACUUUCCAUCGAUAUGGAAGGCAUGUAGAGGUCCCGGCAAUCGUGUUACAUAUCAGAACAUUGUUACGGAAUUGUUCGAGUUUUCUCCUCCUGAUCCCCUUGGUGGAGGCAUACUGGCAGAUGAAAUGGGUUUGGGAAAGACGCUAUCAAGCCUGUCACUCAUUUGCCACUACCUAGAUCAGAUGGAUCAAACCGCACACUUGAACCAGGACGCUCCAAGGUCUACGCUCAUUGUGACUCCCAAGUCAACUAUCUAUGGAUGGCAAAAACAGAUCAAUGAUCAUAUCCACCGAGAAAGAGUUCGAUGGCUCACAUAUUAUGGACCAAACCGCCAAGAAACUGCAGGACAAAUGGGUCUGUGUGAUAUUGUGUUAACCACAUACGAUACGCUCAGAUCAGAGGAAACCAGGAAAGGUCCUUUGUUUAAGAAUAAGUGGACCAGGGUGAUUCUCGACGAAGCUCAUAAGGUUAGAAACCGCAACUCUAAGAUAUUUCAAGCUGUUCGAGUCCUACACAGCCAACGCCGGUGGUGUCUCACAGGAACACCAAUUCAAAACUGCCUUGAUGAUUUUGGUGCUCUUCUAGCGUUUAUUCAAACACCUUCUCUCCAGACAAAAGACUCAUUUGACGAAUUUAUUGCCAAGCCGGUGAAGGAGAAGAAAAAGAACGGUAUCGAGAUGCUUCGAAGAGUAGUGGCUGCAACUUGCUUGCGAAGAACGAAAAAGAACUACUCCUCACAAUUGAAUUUACCGCGUAAGAUAGAAAUGGUCCAAUAUGUGACGAUGGAGCGAGAUGAUAGAGAACUAUAUGAGUUCUUCAAACGUUUCUCAUAUCUGACCGCUGGAGGCGACAAUAUCCCUCACAGAAAGCCGGCAACCAACAUUCUAGUUCUGAUAUCGAUUCUUCGCCUCAUCUGCGACCAUGGGGAAGCACUACUAACAGAUACGGCCCUCAAAGCAUGGAAGGAACGAGACGAAAAACUGUUAACUUGGAGAAUGCUAAAAAUGAAUGUCAAGCAAUGUGUCUCAUGUCAUUGUGACAUAGAGGGAGUAGUGGGUGAGCUUGUUAUUGAGGAAUUGAGCUGUGGGCAUGUUCUUUGCGACAGCUGUGUAGCAAAGUCUCAAAACGCUGAUAGUCAACUUUCUUGUCUGCUCUGUGGUAUAGUUGAUGUACGGUCACCGUCAUUUAGGUGCGAGCUGUUGUCACAAGGAGGACCGUCAAAACCCGUGAGACUGCAAUUAUCACCAUCCGCCAAGCUAGAGGCAGUUCUGCACAAUAUCUCACAGAGCCAGGAACAAGCUGUCCCAAAUUCAAAAUCCCGCAAGGCUGUGAUUUUUAGUUACUGGACAAAAAUGCUCGAUCUUAUAGGAAAUGCCCUUGAGGAGAGAGGCUGGGCCUUCCAACGUAUUGACGGACAGUUAUCCUUAGCUCAACGUAAGGACGCUCUAGAGGAGUUUGGUAACGACUCACAAUGUAACAUUAUGUUGGCAAGCAUUGGAGCUGCUGGUGAAGGGUACCGACUCUUCUCCCAUAGUCAUGUGCCUAAUUGGACAACUCCACUGACCACACUGAUAGUAUUGACCUCACUUCCGCAACCUCAGUUCAUAUAGUGGAGCCGCAUUGGAAUCCCAUGGCAGAAUCUCAAGCAAUAGACCGUGUGCAUCGUAUCGGUCAAAAACAAGAUGUCAAGGUCGUCAGGUAUGUCGUUAAGGACUCGAUUGAAGAGUACGUCCGUUGGGUUCAGUACCACAAGUUACAGCUUAUCAAGGAAUCUCUUUCGGCCUCUGAGAAAAGAAUAGACGUGUUGGAGGUUCGAUGGAAGGUGAGACUUGCAACCCGCCUACGUGUCAGGCUAAAAUACUUACUGUUCCAAGAAAUUAUUAGAAUUCCU